AAAAUAAAUAAAUUAGAGCAUCUUUUGAGGGGAGGGAAUUCAGUGGAUCAGUCUUAGAGGAGCUUUUUUUUAGGAGCGAGAAAUCAUAUAAAAUAAAAUGAAAUAAAACAAGGAGGAAGGCAACCAGCUGUUGCGGGGGGGAUAAGGCAGAUAAAGGAGCGGGGAGAGAAAUUAAUUGCCAACCAGAAGGAGUUGGACUGUAUUUUUCAAAGGUGGGAGAGUGGAGCACACACCUUGAGGAGGAAAGCGAGAAAGAAAAGAAAAAAAGCAAGUGGAAGGGGGGGCUCGCCCAAGAAGGGUGAAGAAGCGAAGAAAGUCGAGGCGCCGAGGCUCCCAAAGCUGGCAGCUCCCGGCGGCGGAGCAGGGGCAAAGGGGGGGCGGGGGGGACCGUCGGACAUGCGGCUUUGGAGUUGGGUGCUGCACCUGGGGCUGUUGAGCGCCGCGCUGGGCUGCGGGCUGGCGGAGCGUCCCCGCCGGGUCCGGAGAGACCCGCGGGCCGGCCGACCCCCGCGCCCCGCCGCCGGCCCGGCCACCUGCGCCACCCGAGCGGCCCGUGGCCGCCGCGCCUCGCUGCCGCCGCCGCUGCCGCCGCCGGGCGGUGCCUGGGAAGCCGUGCGCGUCCCCCGGCGGCGGCAGCAGCGGGAGGCGAGGGACGCCGCCGAGGAGCCGAGCCCGCCGAGCCGGGCGCUCUAUUUCAGCGGGCGAGGCGAGCAGCUGCGCCUGCGGGCCGACCUCGAGCUGCCCCGGGACGCGUUCACGCUGCAAGUGUGGCUGCGAGCGGAGGGGGGCCAGAGGUCCCCGGCGGUGAUCACAGGGCUGUAUGACAAAUGUUCUUAUACCUCACGUGACCGAGGAUGGGUCGUGGGCAUUCACACCGUCAGUGACCAAGACAACACAGACCCACGCUACUUUUUCUCCUUGAAGACAGACCGGGCCCGGCAAGUGACCACCAUCAAUGCCCACCGCAGCUACCUCCCAGGCCAGUGGGUACACCUAGCUGCCACCUACGACGGGCAGUUCAUGAAGCUCUAUGUGAAUGGUGCCCAGGUGGCCACCUCUGGGGAGCAAGUGGGUGGCAUAUUCAGCCCACUGACUCAGAAGUGCAAAGUGCUUAUGCUGGGGGGCAAUGCCCUGAAUCACAACUACCGGGGCUACAUCGAGCACUUCAGUCUGUGGAAGGUGGCCAGGACUCAGCGGGAGAUACUGUCCGACAUGGAAACCCAUGGCACCCACACUGCUCUACCUCAGCUCCUCCUCCAGGAGAACUGGGACAAUCUGAAGCAUUCCUGGUCCCCCAUGAAGGAGAGCAGCCGCCCCAAAGUGGAAUUCAGCAAUGCCCAUGGCUUUUUGCUGGACACGAGCUUGGAGCCUCCUCUGUGUGGACAGACAUUGUGUGACAACGCAGAGGUCAUCACCAGUUACAAUCAGCUCCCGAGCUUCCGCCAGCCCAAGGUGGUGCGCUACCGCGUGGUCAACCUCUACGAUGACAAUCAUGAGAACCCGAUGGUGACCCGCGAGCAGGUGGACUUCCAGCACCAGCAGCUGGUCGAGACCUUCAGACACUACAACAUCUCCUGGGAGCUGGAGGUGCUGGAGGUGAGCAACUCCUCCCUGCGCCACCGCCUCAUCCUGGCCAACUGUGACGUCAGCAAGAUCGGGGAUGAGAACUGUGACCCCGAGUGCAACCACACGCUGACCGGCCACGAUGGCGGGGAUUGCCGCCGCCUGCGCCACCCCGCCUUCCUGAAGAAGCAGCAGAAUGGGGUGUGUGACAUGGACUGCAACUAUGAACGGUUCAACUUUGAUGGCGGAGAGUGCUGUGACCCCGAAAUCACCGAUGUCACUCAGACUUGCUUUGACCCCGACUCUCCGCACAGAGCCUACAUGGAUGUUAAUGAGCUGAAGAACAUUCUUAGAUUGGAUGGAUCAACACAUCUCAAUAUUUUCUUUGCAAACUCCUCAGAAGAGGAGUUAGCAGGAGUAGCAACUUGGCCAUGGGACAAAGAGGUCCUAAUGCACUUAGGUGGCAUUGUCUUGAACCCAUCUUUCUAUGGCGUGCCUGGGCACACCCACACCAUGAUCCAUGAGAUUGGUCACAGCCUGGGCCUCUAUCACGUCUUCCGAGGCAUCUCAGAAAUCCAGUCCUGCAGCGACCCCUGCAUGGAGACAGAGCCCUCCUUCGAGACUGGAGACCUCUGCAAUGAUACCAACCCAGUCCCCAAACACAAGUCCUGCGGUGACCCAGAGCCAGGAAAUGACACCUGUGGCUUUCAUAGCUUCUUCGACACUCCUUACAACAACUUCAUGAGCUAUGCAGAUGACGAUUGUACAGACUCCUUCACGCCCAAUCAAGUCGCCAGAAUGCACUGUUACCUGGACCUGAUCUACCAGAGCUGGCAGCCCUCCAGGAAACCGGCGCCUGUUCCCCUCGCCCCCCAAGUUGUGGGUCACACAAUGGACUCUGUGACACUGGAGUGGUUCCCACCCAUAGAUGGCCAUUUCUUUGAAAGAGAAUUGGGAUCAGCAUGUGAUCUUUGCCUGGAGGGGAGAAUCCUGGUGCAGUAUGCUUUCAACGCCUCCUCCCCAAUGCCCUGCAGCCCAUCGGGACACUGGAGCCCUCCUGAAGCAGAAGGUCAUCCUGAUGUUGAACAGCCCUGUAAGUCCAGUGUCCGCACCUGGAGCCCUAAUGCAGCUGUCAACCCACAUACGGUUCCUCCAGCCUGCCCUGAGCCACAAGGCUGCUACCUGGAACUGGAAUUCCUCUACCCCUUGGUCCCUGAGUCUCUGACCAUUUGGGUGACCUUUGUCUCCACUGACUGGGACCCCAGUGGAGCUGUCAAUGACAUCAAACUGUUGACUGUCAGUGGGAAGAACAUCUCCCUGGGUCCUCAGUAUGUCUUCUGUGACAUCCCACUUACCAUCAGACUCCAGGACAUGGGUGAGGAGGUGUAUGGCAUCCAAAUCUAUACGCUGGACGAGCACCUGGAGAUUGAUGCUGCCAUGUUGACCUCCCUUGCAGACACCCCACUGUGUCUACAGUGUAAGCCCCUGCAGUAUAAGGUGGUCCGGGACCCUCCUCUCCAGGCAGAUGUGGCCUCCAUCCUACAUCUCAACAGGAAAUUCGUAGACACGGAUCUAAAUCUUGGUGAUGUGUACCAGUAUUGGGUCAUAACUAUUUCAGGAACUGAAGAGAGUCAGCCGUCACCUGCUGUCACAUACAUCCAUGGAAGUGGGUACUGUGGCGAUGGCAUUAUACAGAAAGGCCAAGGUGAAGAAUGCGAUGACAUGAAUAAGAUCAAUGGUGAUGGCUGCUCCCUUUUCUGCCGACAAGAAGUUUCCUUCAAUUGUAUUGAUGAACCCAGCCGGUGCUAUUUCCAUGAUGGUGAUGGGGUAUGUGAGGAAUUCGAACAAAAAACCAGCAUUAAGGACUGUGGUGUCUACACACCCCAGGGAUUCCUGGAUCAAUGGGCAUCCAAUGCUUCAGUAUCUCAUCAAGAUCAGCAAUGCCCAGGCUGGGUCAUCAUCGGACAGCCAGCUACAUCCCAGGUAUGUCGAACCAAGGUGAUAGAUCUCAGUGAAGGCAUUUCCCAGCAUGCCUGGUAUCCUUGCACCAUCAGCUACCUGUAUUCCCAACUGGCUCUGAACACUUUUUGGCUCCAGGCAUAUUUUUCUCAGCCAAUGGUUGCCGCAGCUGUCAUUGUCCACCUGGUGACAGAUGGGACAUAUUAUGGGGACCAAAGGCAGGAGACCAUCAGUGUGCAGCUGCUUGAUACCAAAGAUCAGAGCCACGAUCUGGGCUUCCAUGUCCUGAGCUGCAGGAACAAUCCCCUGAUUAUCCCUGUGGUCCAUGACCUCAGCCAGCCCUUCUACCACAGCCAGGCGGUACAUGUGAGCUUCAGUUCGCCCCUGGUCGCCAUCUCGGGGGUGGCCCUCCGCUCCUUCGACAACUUUGACCCCGUCACCCUGAGCAGCUGCGAGAGAGGGGAGACCUACAGCCCUGCUGAGCAGAGCUGCGUGCACUUCGCAUGUGAGGACACUGACUGCCCAGAGCUGGCUGUGGAGAAUGCUUCUCUGAAUUGCUCUAGCAGCGACCGCUACCAUAGCACCCAGUGUACUGUGAGCUGCUGGACAGGCUACGUGCUCCAGAUACGGCGGGAUGAUGAGCUGAUCAAGAGCCAGAUGGGACCCAGCGUCACAGUGACCUGUACAGAGGGCAAGUGGAAUAAGCAGGUGGCCUGUGAGCCAGUGGACUGCGGCUUCCCAGACCACCAUCACAUCUACGCCGCCUCCUUCUCCUGUCCUGAGGGCACCACCUUUGGCAGUAAUUGUUCCUUCCAGUGUCGUUAUCCUGCACAACUGAAAGGCAACAACAGCCUCCUGACCUGCAUGGAGGAUGGGCUGUGGUCCUUCCCAGAGGCCCUGUGUGACCUCAUGUGCCUCGCUCCACCCCCCGUGCCCAAUGCAGAACUCCAGACACCCCGGUGCAGAGAGAGUAAGCACAAGGUGGGCUCCUUCUGCAAAUACAAAUGCAAACCGGGAUACCAUGUGCCUGGAUCCUCUCGGAAGUCAAAGAAACGGGCCUUCAAGACUCAGUGUACCCAUGAUGGCAGCUGGCAGGAGGCAGCUUGUGUUCCUGUGACCUGUGACCCACCUCCACCAAAAUUCCAUGGGCUCUACCAGUGCACUAAUGGCUUCCAGUUCAACAGCGAGUGUAGGAUCAAGUGUGAAGACAGUGAUGCCUCCCAGGGACACGGGAGCAACAUCAUUCAUUGCCGGAAAGAUGGCACCUGGAGCGGCUCCUUCCAUGUCUGCCAGGAGAUGCAAGGCCAGUGCUCAGUCCCAAACCAGCUCAACAGAAACCUCAAACUGAAGUGCCCUGAUGGCUAUGCCAUAGGGUCCGAGUGUGCCACCUCGUGCUUGGACCGCAACAGCGAGUCCAUCAUCCUGCCAAUGAACAUGACCGUGCGUGACAUCCCCCACUGGCUGAACCCCACGCGGGUGGAGAGAGUUGUCUGCACUGCUGGUCUCAAGUGGUAUCCUCACCCUGCUCUGAUUCACUGUGUCAAAGGCUGUGAGCCCUUCAUGGGAGACAAUUACUGUGAUGCCAUCAACAACCGAGCCUUCUGCAAGUAUGACGGCGGGGAUUGCUGCACCUCCACAGUGAAGACCAAAAAGGUCACCCCAUUCCCUAUGUCCUGUGACCUACAAGGCGACUGUGCUUGUCGGGACCCCCAUGCCCAAGAACACAGCCGGAAAGACCUCCGGGAAUACAGCCAUGGCUAAGGAAGGACAAGGAGUUGUCCAAGAAUUCCCAACGCCAGGACCCGCAUCCCUUUGGUAUUGAUUUCACAGUCAGCUGCUCAACGGAAUGGCCUCUCCACACCAGGGAUCCUUAGCACCCAACCGGUCUGCCUUUAAUUUUACCCAGGAAGGACUCACAGUGGGGCAAAUGAACCAAGUUUCACCAUGCUGAAUGAUGAAAUGGAUUCCCAUCCCGAAGUCUGAGAUGGAUUGCAUAUACAGUAUGCAGUCCUAGAGCCUCCUAAAAUUCUAGCCAUUUGUCACACAACCACAGCAAGAAACAUGUUCUAUAUCUAGAGUGUACCCAUCUGUGGUUAGUACACAUGCAUGCAUACACACCCAUACAAACAUAUGUGUGAAGGCAGUUCUGGAGAUGAGCAGAGAGAGACUGGAAUAAAUAUCUUUUCUUUCCCAAGCUCCUAGCCAACACUAUCCUUGGGAGAAAGAAAGUUGCAGAAACUGCUAAGACCAAGUGUGGAGAUGUCAAGAUAGCUCACACCCUGAGGCUCAGAAUAUAGUGGUCAUGCACAAUGGUGCAGUCCUCUGGAAUUGGAAGUGAAAUGGCCUAUGAUCACCUACCUUCUAGGGAACUAGAACCUAGGAAGUGGUAAAGAUUAUAAGGUAUGCAAAGCCUCCACAUACUUCUGUUGCCAUGAGGGAUUUUACCCCAACUCCAGAGUUUGAGGCCAAUCUGAGAAUGGCUUAGGAUUGCAAUGUCAAGGUAUUAUAUCAGCACCUUGCUUGAGGCUUGAGGUCAUAAUAUCCCUUUAGGACUUACCCGUUCUCCAAAUCCUGCCUUGGGACCACAUUUGCUGCUAUUUUCCUGCUGCUCUAUCCUAUACAUUGAAUAAUCCAAGAUGGUAGAACUAGGUUAGGAAGAACUCCACACAACCAAACAGUCUGCCUUAAAAGCGACCCACAGUUGUCCACAGCUCCUCACUUUUUAGCUCUUCUGCAAGAGAAAUCUUUCCUCAUGGGUCCACAUAGUGAUAAGUUAAGUUUCCCGUAAGUGGGCCUCUCACCUGGAAAGGAGUUGAGGAACAUCAGAUGCUGGAACCCUCAGUGACAGUCCAGAGUGUCUAAGCCAGUGUUCGAUUUUGUAAACAAGUGGAAUGAGUGUUAAGUUUCUAUGAUGUUGGAGCCAGCCAGAGACUGUUGGAAUCGUCAAGGCUCUUGGAUUAUUAACCCUAUCCUAAUCUUCCUAGCCCUUCAGGCUAGAGUAGGCUUUGAUCCUGAGAACCUCACUGUUGCUCUCAGGAGAUACAAUUCUGGAAGAGAGAAUCAUCUUGUAUAAGAUCAGUAUAGACUGUUCUUGAGAGGGCCAUCAGAAGGAAACCGAAGAGUUCACAGCCUCAGUCCCAGCAACUCAACAUGGUCAUCAUGUUUUCCAUAUGUUUUUUCCAGCUACCAGUACUCCCUUCCAUACCUGUGACAGGGCAAUGCUUUUCUCUCUCCCAUGUCUAGCCUCCAAAAGUUAAGUGAAAAUUAGUCAAUUGCAGUGGAAGCCCCCCAUCUCUUUGGGGGCCUCUUUGCUUCUUUUCAGUCAGGUACCUGUCCACUUCCUUUGAAUUAAUAUGGGAAGAAAUUAAUACAGGACAAAGUGGAGAGAAGGGUUGAAUGUGACAUACUUUCUGAAACCUGGAGCUGGGAAUUGAGAAGGGAAGGCCUAGACUAGUUAUAUCACAUAAGGAUGACUGUAAAUCCAGUCAUCUCAAGUCUAGUGAAGACAACCAACAAAAACAAAACCUACUGUAGGGAUAGAAAAUACCAGGCAUGUGUGCAGCCCCUUCUAAUUCCGGCAUCCAAGGCAGGUGUUGUUAUUCCAUCAUAGCCCUUUUUUAAAAAGUUGGGACCAAAAAUAACUUGAGGAACCACUUUAUAUCACUCCCAAUAGCACUUACCUGGAGGUCAAAAACACUUGAGAAGAUAUCUAUUGGCCAUCUCUGGCCUAUCACAUUAAGAAACAUAUCAAGAUGCUUUUGGCACAGGUGCCCACAAAUAAGGAUGCAGUGCUUAGUUUAUGAGACUUGUACCAUAUCACAAACUCUAAAUUUGGGUUCCAUAUUGGCAAGGCUGCCACAGUAGUUGAGAAUAAUCAUCUGUGUUUCUUUUUCACAAAACCAUAUCUCAUUUAUAUCCAGAGCAUUAUUUCACUGUAAUUAUAAGGGCCAAUUAUUAUCAAAAAAUAAGAACAAUGUUAGAAGAAUCGAUCCUAUUUUGAACCCCUCUCCAGUAUCUUUGUACUCUUGCCAACUCUCCAGACCUCUCUCUUGCCCUAGCUGAGUUAUCAGCCUGUGUGGUGUUAACUUAGAAAGCACAAGCUAAGCAAGGUAACAGUAUCAGCCCUCCCAGUUGCUUAAUUAUACCCAUAGGUAAUACAAAAAGCUUUGAAGACCCAAAGAUGAUGUUACUAAUGAUGUGAUUUCAGCAACCACAAAAUAACCUUACCAGCUUCCCUCAAAUCAGUCCUUAUCCUCUUUCUGUCUUCAUUCCCAUCAUCAUCUAUUCCCAUACUAUCCAGCUAAGUAAACAUUCCUGGAGGCUGACUUGUAUCUUUAGCCUCACGAGUGAAUUCAGCUCUUCUGAAUCAAGAUCCACUAAGUCUCUUUACUAUCCUUCAAACCUGUUGCUAACAAAUUUAUAUUUGCCAAGGAUAUUAGGCAAAAGAGGCUACUUGAUUGGUGGCCAACUUGUGCCCACAUGGAAUAUAUCUUUAAUAGGGCCUUUUCAAACCUUAGUGGAGGAGGGUCAGCUCAAUUUGGGCAAUGUAUUUCUUCCCAGUUUCAUAUUCUUCCUGGGAAUUAACUUGUCAUUUCAUUCCUCAGUCAUCUUCCGUUUAGGUGACUGGAGCACUGAGAGGCAGCUCUGAAGAACUAUUGGUAUCAGCAGCUCAAAGGCCCUAAAACACUGAAGGUUCUGCAUCUGAAGUAUUAGAUUGUUAGCAGCAAAAAAGAAAAGAUAAGGUGGACAGUUCUCUAAGCUAUAUUUAGGGAAGCUUUUCCAAGCCACAAUCCUAACUGCCUACCCAGAGGAUUUGCAUUACCCCCAGAUUCUGUGCCAACAAUUUUUUAAGGGAAUACAGUCUUUAGGAAAUCAGUUUUGAUAGUGAAUUGGGGUGUUAAGGAAGGGAAAGAUUAACAGUCAUAGAUGGUAGGGCUUUGAAAAUGUAGGUAUCACCUGCCACUCCUGGCUUCAGCACAUUGAGUCACUGCCUAGACAGUUCUCUUGGUCUUAUUCCCACCUUGGCCAAUGCUUAAAUGCUAUUUGUUGAAGCUAAUUCUUUGAGACAGAUUUCAGCUACCUCCCUUCCAGGUUUGAUUUAACUUGGUUGUAACUGUCAAUUUGUUAUAGGUCUUACCUGUGUGAAGAAAGAAAGAAAAAAGAAAAAGGAAGGAAGGAAGGAAGGAGAGAAAGAAAGGGGAAAAUAAAAGAAAGGAAGGAAGAAAGGAAGGAAAUUAUAAGGUUAACAGUUUUGAGGUUUUGUGAUUUUUUUUUCUGGAACUACUUCAAGUGAGAAAAUAAAGAAAUGGUGACAGAACUGUACAGAUAGAGAUUAAUAAAACACAAGGAGAUUAAAAGGAAAUAAAAAUGCAUGAUUAAAAACUAAGAAUAAAAAACCUAUUUUUAUGUUUCCUAAAGGAAAUUGUUUAUUCUACAGACUCAGUAGGUAGACGCAAACAUAAGCAUUUCCCUAGAAGACAUAGAGUGGGAUUUGAUAACACUGUCUGUUAUUUUCUGUACAUUGUGGUAGGUCCAGGAAAUAUGUCAUUUUCCCCCUUGAUGUGUUAUUGUUGUUGGGGGGUGGGUGGGCAUUUUGUUUAUUUGUUUGGUGGCAAUCAAUGGUAGUAGGGAGGGGGAGGGCUUGGUAUUGGUUUUUCCAGAUAUUAAGGGGACAUAUUGUAUCAUGCUUUUCACAUUAUAAGAUGUUUAUAUUUACCAGUACAACACUGAGCUUUAUAAAGACUGCACUCAGAACCACAUUGCACAGUCCAAUUUUUUAAGAAGCUGCUACAUGACGAGACAGGUAAUCCUAGUGAGUUUUGAGAAACAAAACAAACCAAGUAAACAACAAACAUAAAAACCAAAUAGCAAAUGAAUAAAAGCCUGUUGUUGUAAUUUAUUCAACUUUUGCCAAAUCCCUACCAAUCACUUGCUUUUUAAAAAGAAAUGUAUAACAGCCAAAAGAGAAAUUAUGUCCCUAUUGUAAAGAACUUAGAAUUUCUGACUCCAGGCAGCAGUUUGCUCAGUGAUAUUGAACAAGUUAUCCAGUCACCUCUAUACUUGCAUCAGUUUCUCUAGCUGCAAAAUGGGGAUAAUACUAUAUACCUACCUCACAGUGGGAGGGCAGGAGAUUUUGAGGCCCUGCAGUUUUAGGUGGGCUGUGAGGGCCAACAUUUGACACAAAGUCCUGGGUUAUGAUUCACGAAUGCACAGGCCCAUUGGCCUUUUCAGAAAGAUAGCGAGUGCUUGUUUGAUAUUUCAAGGAAUAAAGCUGGAGCUCCUGAAUUGUAGUCUGCCUUAAAAGAGAGAUCUGUAUUGGAGAAUAUUUUAUCUUUUAGGCAAAUUUGAUCUUACCCUUUACCAAUUCUAUGAUUUGGUUAAAAGCUAAUUACCUCCUAUAAUGUCAGUUAGCUAACCGUUGUCUAUUUAAGACUUCCGGGUCAUUUUCAACUUAUAGAGGAAGGGAGUCUCUAAAAUCUCUUCUUCAGAGGACACCUCACUUCUCAGACUUAAAAUUCCACAUCAAGUGUUCCAUUAAAAGAAGAUAUGGCAUUCUGAGUGCAAAUAAAUGGGGGCUCCUUAAACUACACACCAGCAGUCAAUGAGGAAAAUUCUGAACAAUUACUGAGUUGCUUUCUUGGGUCUCUAUAAUCAAUAACCUGUCUGCAGAUAUCUAUCUAUAUAACUAUAUUAUAUAUAAAUAUAAAUUUACAUAUAUAUGCACAUGUAUAUAUAGUUGUACAUAUAUGUGUGUAUAUAUAUACUUAAAUGUAAUAUUUACAAAAUAAAACUGUGAUCUCGUCUAGAGAAAAUGUAUUCAUAUUACAGAAGGCUCUUCCAUAUUUAUGUAUCAUAUAAUACCUUUUUAUUAUUGUUAUAAUUAUUAUGGGUAUUUCUAAUUAAUAUGAUGUUGAAAUCUUUGGCAUCUUCUGGAAGCUACCAAAAAAUGACACUCCAUUGAAGUGCUUAAAAGCUGUUCUCAUAAGAAUUCUACUGGCCUAUUGUAAAAGAAAAAAGACACAACCCAAUCUAAACACCAAAAAUUAAACACAAGUCCAAUCCUUUCUCUGUACCUCACGCGCAUAAAUUUGCUGCUCCUAUUUUUUUUUUUUUUCUUUUUAUGUGUUUUUAUGGAUCUAAGUUAACUCUUUCGGCAAUACAUAAAAAUGUAAAUAGUAAACUUUAUUUAUUAAGAAUGUCAUCUUUUUUAAUUUAUAUUUACACAUUGUUCAUCUAAUUUAUUUUUUCUAUACAGUUUUAAAUACUCAGACAUAUUUUGCUGUUCAUAUUUUUAUCCUGUUCUCAUGGAUUUGUUUUUCCAUACUGUUUUCUCUGAUCUCAGUUACAGGUUGGAUCUUACAAAUAAUAAUGUCAGAGACAGAAAUAUUUUGCCACUGUUGAUUAUUAUACUUUUAAGUUCUAUAUUAUGAAAAUAUAUAAUAGCUUGUAUGCUUCA